AUGACUGAAGGCACGUCCUGGUGGUUGGCGAGUUCAGAAAGUCCCAAGGAGGAGAUCAGGGCCAAAGGAACACUCUGCUGCAGAUGGGCCACUACCCCACCCAGCGGUUCGUCCACGCAUUCGCUGUCUGCGGGACCAAGAUGGAUGCGUCGGUGCUUGACUGCUCGGGUCCCUACAGCUCAGAGCAUCAUCAAUGCCUAUGAGGACUCAAGACAGUUCUUUCAGGUGCAUGUGGGUUAUACCACGAUGAGUGAUGAGGAGCUGGGACUGAACACUUUAAUUUCUAGGGAUGAAGGCGGCAGCAAAUCAAUAACUGCCAGAGGACCUGGGACCUCAGAGGAAAUGGUGCUGCAGCUGGGUGAAUUGCAUUUCUUUCAACAUGCCAUCGUGUUUUGUGGGACCAUAUGUUUUCUUGCAAACAAGGACAGGUGGAAGGUGUAG